AUGGUUGGUCUCACCAGAGAUGAUUUUUUAACGGGUCUGCAUUCAAUCUUGCAUGCCAUUGACUUCCUGCAUACUCGGGCUUCUAUUUCGCACAACAAUAUCGAUGUUUCAAGCAUAUUUGUUGAUUCCAAAAAGAAGUGGAAACUUGGUUUGUUUGAGUUUUCGUGCAUGCUUGAUGAACUUUCGCAAAAUCGUCUGGAAGUGCUGGAAAUCCUGAAGAAUCGUCCUGAAGAUAGAAAGGCUGUUGAGGUAUCAGAAUCCGCAGGUCAUGCUUACGAUGUAUAUUGCUUCAGUCGCAUGGUGGUCGAACUUAUACCUAAAUUACAUUUUGAAAUAAGUGACUUCCAGACAGUUUUGCAAAGGUCGGGUCUCCACCCAUCUCCAAAGCAGCGCCCAACUGCUGCACACUUAUUAAAGCAUUCCGUCUUUAAAAGUCCAUUUGCAUACAUUGUAUCGUUCCUUUCGGACUAUGUACUAAAAUCGGAUACUGAGCGCUUUCGCUUCAUCAAUGAGUUUCCAAAUUUGGCUCAACAAAUUUCAGAGGAGGUUCUAUGCUCAUCAAUCAUUCCCCUUAUUUUGGCGCCGUCAGUUUUCACGGAUUUUCCAGCGAAAUCGUUGGUUCGCCACUUGCUUACGCCUCGGAAAGACAACGAAGUCGGCUUGGUAUCUGAGGCCGCAUUCUCUCGGCUAGUUGUUCCUUACAUCUCUCGCCUCUUCCGCCAUCACGAGCUCACUACCCGCCUCCUGCUUUUGCAGCAUUUUAAAGCCUACGCCCGGCUUAUGGGCCAUGAGACCCUCAAGGCGAUUGUUCUACCCGAGGUCUGUAUGGGUGUUUAUGAUGUAAAUGAGCACCUAGCAGUGGCCAGCCUGUCUUGCUUGGCCCAUUUGGCUCAACUCCUCGGAGUCACAUGCACAAUGGGUCACUUCCAGAGCCUUGGAAGUCAAAUGGACAGUCGUGGGUUUCUCACCACCUCACCAGAUCCUGACAGCCCUCCAGCCUACUACAACUUGAUGGUAGCACCGACAAAGAGGCCGAUUACCUAUAACAUCGCUAAGCGGCCUUGGCGUCGUACUCAAGUCACCUUGUAUCCUGAUUCUGCACCCAAGGCCAAUCGGCAGGCACGGGCAGCAUCCACAGAAACGCGCAAUGACACCGGACGCCGGCUUUGCGACAUGGCAGUUCUUUCUGCAAAAUAUGUGCCCGCUACAGCGUCGAUCAAAAAACCCGGAGACAUCUGUCCUCCGGCUGCUAAAAGGCAGGUUUUGACCCAUUAUCCGACUGUUUAA